AUGUCACAAAUUAAAGGAGUAAAAGACGACGUCACGAUUAUAUGGGAACAGCUGGAAUCUAUAAAAAUCAGUACUGUGAAAAUCACUCGCGAGCAUAGUGAGAUGAUGAAUGAUAUUUCUGAAUUGAAAAACUCGUUAAAUUAUCAUUCAGCUGAACAAACUACUCUGACAAUACGUAUUGAUGACGUGGUAUCGGAGAUCAAAAAGGUUUAUCUGUUCCAGCAAAAUGUAUCGGAAUUACAAGAAAUAUGA